CAUUAAACAAUUUCAUUUCACUUUAUAAAAAAUGAUGUUUUUUUUUUAUCAAAUGUUCCAUGAAAAAUAAAAAAACACAAAUCUAGAGAAACAUCACCAAAAACCCUUGGGUUUGGAGAUUCCGACAACGUUGAUCUGCGCCCAUGGCUUCUCCGCAAGCUGCUGAAAACACAGAGAAUAGUUUGGAGAAGAUCAAGCGUCAGCUAGCUUCCGCUUCUGGUAGAAACUUGUUGCAGGGACCACUUCUCAAAAGAUCUGAAACUCUGAGAAAAUGGAACGAGCGUUGGGUGAUCUUGGAUCCAACAACUGGGAGAAUGGAAUACAAGUUAAGGAGAAAUGAGCCAGCUGUUAAGGGGACAAUUGUAUUUGAUGCAAAUAGCACUAUCACUGUUUCUCCUGUGAAUUUCCAUGGGCUACCAAAGUAUGAUGGCUGCUGCAUUUAUAUUGGGACACCACAGAAAAAGGAUUACUUCCUUUGCGCGGAGACUCCUGGUGCAGCUCGAGCAUGGGUGUCAACUUUGCAUGCAACUCAGUUGGUUCUAAAAGCCCAUAUAGAAGCUGUAAAUUCCUUAAGUGGGAAUGGUUCUACAAAAUUAGGAACUGUUGCAACUGUUGUUGCUGCAGCUAAUUCAACAGCCUCGGAAUGUUCUAAAGAAAUUGAAGCAGCAAUGCAGAUUUCUUUGCGAAAUGCUCUGGGAAUGAUGCCAAAUAGGACUACGGAUGGCCCUAUGGAUGAUUUAACAAUCAUGAAGGAAACACUCAGGGUUAAAGAUGAGGAGCUACAGAAUUUGGCUCGAGACCUUCGUGCACGGGAUUCUACCAUAAAAGAUAUAGCAGAUAAAUUAUCUGAGACUGCUGAAGCUGCUGAGGCAGCAGCAUCUGCUGCGUACACUAUUGAUGAGCAUCGGAGAAUUGCUUGUGCAGAAGUUGAGCGUUUGAAAAAAGAUGCUGAGAAGCAGCAGGAGGUGUCUGCACUGAAGUUCAAAGAGUCUGAAGAAAAGAUUAUGAGCUUAAACAAAGAAAGAGAACAGUUAAUUAAGCAGAGAGAUGAUGCUAUUCUGGAGGCAAAUAUGUGGCGUUCUGAACUGGCAAAAGCUAGAGAGAAUGGUGUGAUCUUAGAAGCAACUGUUGUUCGGGCUGAAGAAAAGGUUAGGGUCGCGGAGGCAAAUGCUGAAGCAAGGUUAAAGGAAGCUGAACAGAGAGAAUCAGCUGCAAUAAAGGAGAAGCAGGAGCUUGUUGCGUAUGUGAACAUGCUAAAAGCACAACUUCAAAGGCAACACAUUGAUACAACUCAAGUUUUUGAGAAGAAAGAGUCAUGCUCAGAUACAAAGCAUGUUGACCCUACAGAAGAGAAUGUGGAUAAAGCAUGCCUAAGCGUUUCUAGAGCAAUCCCAGCUCCUGCAGAGAAUGUAGUCCACAUGGCAACAGAUCAGGUGAAUAUUCAGCCGGUUGGGGACAACGAAUGGAGUGAUAUUCAGGCAACGGAGGCCAGAAUAGCUGAUGUAAGGGAAGUAGCAGCCGAAACUGAUGGAAACAGCACAGACAUUCCUGUGAUUAGCCAGCCAGGUACCAAUCAUCAGCAUGAACAAGGAGCAAACUCUUUCCAUCAGCCAUGAUGUUAACAAAACGUAUACAACAUAGAGAAAUUCUCAAGUUUAGGAAAUGUAAUUAUGCCAUUUUGUUGGAUGAGCGUGUAAACUUUAUUGAUUUCAUUCCAUCAGUUUCCUUAUCAAGCUGUGUCAUGAACUGCCUUGAAAUUGAGUGCAUUUUUCUGGUGUAAAUGUAAUACAACGAGCUGACCGGUUAAUUUGAACUGAUAUAUAUGAUUUAAUCAAAGAAUAUAGCUGAGCUUUCUUGAGA